AUGCGGCUCCGGGUCCCGCCGGGCGCUCCCGCCGCCCUCAAGGUGCUCGCGGCCGCCGCCGCCGCCCCCCGCGCCCGUGCGCCCGCACCUGGGCGGCCCCGCAGCCUGAGCCCGAGCCUGUCCCGGUCCCUCCCCACAGAGCGGCCUGAGGCCCCCGCGCCGGAGCUGGAGCUGCGGCUGGAGCUGGACAGCGGCACCGUCCUGUUCUCUCCCAACGCCAUCUGCCAGUAUUUUUACCUGUGCCGGGGGGAGGAGCCCACCGACCUCACCACGCAGUGGCUGGAAUGGGAGGCCACGGAGCUGCAGCCGGCGGUGGCCGCUGCCCUGUACCUGCGGCUGGUGCAGGGCCGGCCGGGGCCCGAGGCCCUGGGGCUCCUGCAGCCCCUCCUGGCUCACCUGGAGCAGCAGCUGGCCCGGAGCGGCACCUCCCACCUGGCCGGGGACGCCGCCUCGGUGGCUGACGUGGUGGUGUGGGGCAGCCUGUUCCCAGUGCUCCAGGACCAGACCAGUCUGCCCAGUGAGCUGCAGGUGCUGCGCUCGUGGUUCGGGGCCGUGUCGGCGUGGGAGCCGUGCCGGGCGGCGGCCGCGUGCUGCCGGGGCGCGCGGGAGCUCGGGGACACCUGGCCCAGCACCCCCCGCACCUGCCCGGCCCCCCCCGAGCCCCAGCAGGACGAGGAGAGCCCCGAGCGGGCGCUGACCGACGACGACAUCGCGGCCGCCGUGGAGAUCUGGGCACGGGGCCCCGCGGCGCUGCCCCCGCCCCGGGAGCUGCAGACACCUGUGUUACCUGUGGAAGGUGAGCAGAACGUGCUGAUCACCAGCGCCCUGCCCUACGUCAACAACGUCCCUCACCUGGGCAACAUCAUCGCCUGCGUGCUCGCGACACCUUCGCCAGGUGAGGCUGGGGAGCCCAGGCUGGGGCUGUGCUGCCUGCACGGGGUGUGCCCGCACUGGCCGGGUUUCGCGUACUACCACGCGGCGCCGGCUGGGCCCGCUGUUCGUGUGCGGCCGGGACCACAGGUGAGCACCGGGCCGCGGAGAGCCUGGGGCCAGGUAGCCCCCAGAGUGAGCCCCAGCGACUGUGCGACCUACCACGUGCGCCCCACACCAUCUACACCUGGUUCCCCAUACUCAGUCGACCACUUCCGGGCCACGGAGGCCCCUCGCAGACCAGGUGAGGGCCCGGGGGCCAGGAUCGCCCAGGACAUCUUCCAGCGGCUGCUGGCCCGCGGCUUCCUGCUGCAGGACACGCUGGAGCAGCUCAGGUGCGAGAGCUGCGGGCGCUACCUGGCCGACCGCUUCGUGGAGGGCACCUGCCCCUGCUGCGGCUACGCCGAGGCCCGCGGGGACCAGUGCGACAGGUGCGGCAAGCUCAUCAACGCCGUGGAGCUGCAGAACCCGCAGUGCAAGCUCUGCCGUGGGACCCCGGUGGUGACGCCCACCCAGCACCUGUUCCUGGACCUGCCCAAGCUGGAGGGGCGGCUGGAGGCGUGGCUGGAGCGCACCUGGGCCGCAGGUGAGUGGACGGCCAACGCGCGGCACAUCACGCGCACCUGGCUGCGCGACGGGCUCAAACCGCGCUGCAUCACCCGCGACCUCACCUGGGGCACCCCCGUGCCCCUCGACGGCUUCCGGGACAAGGUGUUCUACGUGUGGUUCGACGCUCCCAUCGGGUACCUGUCCAUCACGGCCAACUACACCGAGCACUGGGAGCGCUGGUGGAAGAACCCCGAGCAGGUGGAGCUCUACAACUUCAUGGCCAAGGACAACGUCCCCUUCCACAGCGUGGUGUUCCCCUGCUCGCUGCUGGGCGCCGACGACAACUACACCUUGGUGAAUCACCUGAUCGCCACAGAGUACCUGAACUACGAGGACGGGAAGUUCUCCAAGAGCCGGGGUGUGGGCGUGUUCGGGGACAUGGCCAAGGACACCGGCAUCCCGGCCGACGUCUGGCGCUUCUACCUGCUCUACCUGCGGCCCGAGGGCCAGGACAGCGCCUUCUCCUGGGCCGACCUCAUGCUCAAGAACAACUCGGAGCUGCUCAACAACCUGGGCAACUUCAUCAACAGGGCUGGCAUGUUCGUGUGCAAGUUCUUUGGGGGCACCGUGCCCGCCAUGGCGCUCACGGCCGAGGACCAGCGGCUGCUGGCGCGGGUCACGCUGGAGAUGCGCCGGUACCACCAGCUGAUGGAGAGAGUCCGGCUCCGGGAUGCGCUCAGGUGCGUGCUCGGCAUCUCCCGCCACGGCAACCAGUACAUCCAGGUGAACGAGCCCUGGAAACGCAUCAAGGGCGACGAGAGGGACAGGCAGCGCGCAGGGACGGUGACAGGCGUGGCAGUGAACGUGGCGGCCGCUCUGGCCGCGCUGCUCCAGCCCUUCGUGCCCGGGGUCAGCGCCGCCAUCCAGGGCCAGCUCCGCAUCCCCCCCGAGCGCUGCGGGCUCGGGCCCGGCCUCACCUGCACCCUGCCCGCCGGGCACCGCGUGGGCACGGUGAGCCCCCUGUUCCAGAAGCUGGAGCCUGAGCAGGUGGAAGCCCUGCGGCAGCGCUCCGGGGGAGGGCAGGCCAAACAGCCCCCCCGGCCUCAGCCCCCCCUCCAGCCCCCAACACCCCUGCGUCCAGGUGACCCCAAAGUGAUCCAGGAGCUGACGGAGCAGGUGGCCAAGCAGGGCAACCUGGUGAGGCAGCUGAAGGCUGCCCAGGUGGAGAAGGCCCAGGUGGACACCCAGGUGGCCAAACUGCUGGAGCUGAAGCGGCAGCUGGCGCUGGCCGAAGGCCGCAGCCCCGAGGUCCCCAAGGGCAAGCGGAAGAAGUAGCCCCAGUACCCAGACCGGGACAUCCCGAGGAGCGGCCCCGGCGCCUCCAGUAACCAAACUGGGCCGUGCUGGGUGUGGUUGGACGCGUGUAAUAAACGACAAGAGCUGUACAACGGCGUGGAGCAGCUGCAUCCACUUGUCUGUCCGCAGUGUCCGUCUGU